CAGACAGACCUUUGGGCAGGCAACAGCUAAAGCUUUCUACUCCCUCCCCUUUCCCAAGUGUUUGUGAAAUGGAUUCCCAAAGGGAACUCACUGAAGAGCUCAGACUUUACCAAUCCACCCUCCUUCAAGAUGGCCUCAAGGAACUUCUCGAAGAGAAAAAGUUUAUAGAUUGCUCUCUAAAAGCUGGUGACAGAAGCCUGCCUUGCCACAGAUUGAUUCUGUCGGCAUGUAGCCCUUAUUUUCGUGAGUAUUUCUUAUCUGAGCAAAGUGAAGAGAAAAAGAAGGAGGUAGUUCUAGAUAACGUUGACCCCAACAUCCUGGAUAUGAUUGUCAAAUACCUUUAUUCAGCAAGUAUUGAUCUUAACGAUUCUAACGUACAAGAUAUUUUUGCUUUGGCCAGCCGCUUUCAGAUCCCUUCUGUGUUCACUGUGUGCGUGUCCUACCUUCAGAAGAGGCUUGCUGUUGGUAACUGCCUGGCCAUCCUUCGAUUAGGUGUUCUGCUUGAUUGCCCAAGACUUGCCUUUUCUGCCCGUGAUUUUGUUUCAGAUCAUUUUGUGCAGAUCUGCAAAGAAGAGGACUUCAUGCAGCUUGCCCCACACGAACUUAUCUCGAUUAUUUCACCUGACAGCUUAAAUGUAGAGAAGGAAGAACUGGUAUUUGAGGCAGUAAUGAGAUGGGUCCGAACAGACAAGGAGAACAGAGUAAAGAGCCUGGGGGAAAUUUUUGACUGCAUACGUUUUCGUCUUAUGCCAGAAAAAUAUUUCAAAGAACAGGUUGAGAAGGAUGAUAUAAUUAAAAGCAACUCAGACCUUCAGAAAAAAGUAAAGAUCAUUAAGGAUGCUUUUGCUGGAAAACUGCCUGACUCUAGCAAAAGCACAGACAAGUCAACCAAAGGGGAGGUGAAUGGUGAUGUAGGAGAUGAAGAUUUACUGCCUGGCUACCUAAAUGACCUUCCCAGGCAUGGCAUGUUUGUCAAAGACCUAAUUCUUCUGGUUAAUGACACUGCUGCAGUAGCUUAUGAUCCUCUUGAAAACGAAUGCUACCUUGCAGCCCUGGCAGAACAGAUUCCCAGAAAUCAUUCCAGUAUAGUCACCAAACAAAAUCAGGUCUACAUUGUUGGAGGACUAUAUGUGGAAGAGGAGAACAAGGAUCAGCCUUUCCAGUCAUAUUUCUUUCAGCUGGACAGCAUCGCUGGUGAGUGGGUUGCCCUUCCUCCACUGCCAUCAGCCAGGUGUCUCUUCGGGCUGGGAGAGUCUGACGACAAGAUCUAUGUAAUAGCAGGCAAGGACCUUCGCACGGAGGAGUCGCUGGAUUCAGUACUGUGCUAUGACCCCACGGCAAUGAAAUGGGGAGAGAUCAAAAAACUACCCAUCAAAGUAUACGGCCAUGCUACUAUCUCAAACAAUGGAUUGAUAUAUUGUCUUGGUGGAAAAACUGAUGAUAAGAAAUGCACUAAUAGACUAUUUGUGUACAAUCCCAAGAAAGGAGACUGGAGAGACCUGGCUCCAAUGAAAGUGCCUCGCUCAAUGUUUGGAACGGCGAUCCAUAAGGGCAAGAUUGUCAUUGCAGGUGGUGUCACUGAGGAAGGCCUUACUGCAUCUGUUGAAGCUUUUGAUCUGACCACCAAUAAAUGGGAGGUUAUGCCUGAAUUUCCCCAAGAGAGAAGUUCCAUCAGUUUAGUCACCUUAAGCGGAGCUUUGUAUGCUAUUGGAGGCUUUGCAAUGAUUCAGCUUGAAUCUAAAGAAUUCGCACCUAGUGAAGUCACUGACAUAUGGAAGUAUGAUGAUGAAAAGAAGGAAUGGAUUGGCAUACUGAAGGAGAUCCGAUAUGCUACGGGAGCCUCCUGCCUGGCUACACGCUUAAACCUCUUCAAGUUAUCAAAACUGUAAACAAAAUGCUGGAAGAUAUGAUGUGGUGAGGGAGUUUCAAUAGGCUCUUCUGGUUUUGUUGCAUGAAAAUGUCCCCAAACGGUACAGAGUUUUAUAACAGCGUGCUAAUUAUACUGGGAACCGUUAAACAAUUCAUUUGUCUGUCCACAUCUUAAGAUAUUUACUAGUUAACCAGCAACCACUGAAUUUUUGCCAGUGUUUAAAAUCCUGAAGAGCUCUAAUUAACGUUGAUUAAAAUAAAUUAAGAUUUCAGCAAGGACUCCAUUUUUCACACUGUGAAAUUGCAAAUAAAACCAGUUAGACUUCCUUGCACUCCAGCAAUCCAGGAUAUUGGUGGCUUACCCUCCAAACAAUGCCCAUGAAUUAACUGUUAAGUUACAUACAACUAAUAGGUAGCUAGUUUUAUUCUAACUGGUGGUUUGUAUAGCCAGAUUUCCCCUUUCAGCAGCAUAUGUAAAUCCUGCAUUCUUCAGCAAUAUCUUGGAAAUAUUUUCAUCACAGCCCUCAAAAAAAUAAUUUAGCCUGGAAUUGAAAUGCAUGUUAAAAACAAAAGGGGCUUAAUACUACGUGGCCUAAUAAAUGCCAGUCUCAGCCAAAACUGUACUAGUAGCCAGACUUGAGGGAAGAGAGAGAAGUUCACAAGGUUAAUAGCUCUAAUGUUUCACCUACUACGUUUAGGCUUCUAGUAACAAGGAUUUUCGACUUUUUUUAUGCUUUUAUAUUUAUUUCCAAAGCAAAUAUUUUAUGGAAGUUUUUCUCAGAGAUCUGAGGCUGAUAACAAGCAUUCAUAAAAAAAUCCAAGAAGAGUUGAUAAUCAGUAAAUACCUAUAACAGAGAGGACUUUUUCAUCUAAUAAAGAGUUGAUGCAUUUUGACAUUGAAAACUUUUAACAAUUAAACUUUGUUUUUAAAAUUA